AUGUCGAAUUCGUACGUUCGUCCCCCUCAUUACCAAAGGCAUUAUCAGUCCAUGCUGUUGAACCUUUGCAGCAUCUAUCCAUACUUCGAUACAGAUGGCUUCGAUCGGGCCUACAUUGCUGAAGUUUCUUCCGUCGCUUCACAAUAUCCAGCAAGUAGUUUGGAUUUUUGCUACUACUGGACUGAGAAAGUCCUGUGGGACAAAUUUCAAUUGUCUAGUGCAUACGGCGAGUUUCCUGGCCGAUAUGGUGGUCCCGGGUAUAUCACUCAACAACAAAUCGGAAGCAUCCAAUUGCCACCCACUCCAGGAUCAGCUCAACAAGUUUCAAGGAUAGCUCCAACUUCUUUGCAACAGACAUUGGAGGUCCCAAGGCGCACUGUGAAGCCUACUGAGCCGAUCCGUGAACAAGCCGCAGAGGUGCCUGCGACCUCUGGAACGCCCGCUCCAGCACCUGCCCAAAAACGAGUGGAUCUCCCCGCCGUGCCAUCUGUCCAGCACUCCGAUCAGCCACCCCAAGAACCAAGCCGAAACCACACUGGGGAUUAUCUCAAACUUAAAAGUUCAUCAGCUUCUUCACCCACAAAAGCAUCGCAAGAUUUAGCCAAAGAGACACUCAAACGCGACAGUUCACGAAAUACACAGUCUAUCAGCGAAACUCCAGGAUUAAUUAUGAGAUCCGGUCCUCAAAUUGAAACCCCUUCAUCACUCUUAGCUGCUCGGCUUGCUUCCCCUGGUACGCCUAGUCCUAGUUCGGUGUCUACCGUAGCACGUUCCGCACCACCCACAUCAUUCGAGUCUCUCCCUCCUCUCUUGGACCCAGAUUUACUUUACAAAGAUCCCACCACUGGUGAAGUUAUCACCAUGAAGAUGUUUGAGCGUCGAUGCCUUAGUCGUGGUGCUCAAAUCGCAAUUGAGCAUGCCCAAGCUGCUGUUAAAAGCGAACCGUCUCGUGUGACAAAACCUUUAGCACGUACAAUAUUGGAAAGGUCACUUAUUACUGCGUUGGCUAGUAUCGUCCAAGAACAAACUCAACAUUAA